AUGGCUUCGUUUUCGGGGAGCGGGCAUGCGCACAGCGCGGGUCAGAAUCAUGACAUAAUAGCCAACCACCACCACCAUGACACACCGGGCGACCUUCCCCCCGAGCCGGUUGAGAUCACGGCCGUCCAAAAGAUGAUCUCGGCUACGUCGGGGAGUUUGUUGACGGGGUUGCUAGCAACGCCGCUCGACGUUGUGCGCGUCCGCUGGCAGGCCCAGGGCGUCACUCAACCGCCAGCCGCCGACUUCACCAAGCUCGCCUUGCCAACAACGCUCACACCAAAUGGCGCCGCCUUCCGCCCCUCCAACCUCGGCGUGACCGCCUGCUGCCGCGAGGUCUUUUUCAGCAACAACACAUCCGAGGCCUGCGUCGUCGGCCCCCGCCCUUCAACUUCCGCUAUCACUGCGAACACCCCCGCGCAAUCGACAGCCUCCCAAAUAGCCUGCGCCGUCGAGCAAACCCAACAACGCACCUUCACCUCCACCUUCGACGGCCUCCGCAAAAUCGCCCGCAACGAAGGCCUCCCCACCCUCUGGCGCGGCCUCUCCCCCACCCUGGUAAUGGCCAUCCCAGCCAACAUCAUCUACUUCACAGGCUACGAAUGGCUGCGCUUCAACCGCACCCACUCCCCCAUCGCCAAGUCCGUGCCCGACGACUACGCCCCGCUCGUAGCCGGGUCCACCGCCCGCGUCCUAGCCGCCACCGCCGUAUCCCCCAUCGAACUCUUCCGCACCCGUCUGCAAGCCGUCCAAGGCGGCAACCACCUCGCCGCCACGGUACGCGGCGUCAAGGACAUGGUGGCAGUCCACGGCUACCGCGCGCUCUGGCGCGGCCUGACGCUGACCCUCUGGCGUGACGUGCCAUUCUCGGGCAUGUACUGGUGGGGGUAUGAGACGAUCCGGGGGCGGCUGACUGACGCGCGGGAACGGGCACGCGGCCGCGGGAUGGAAUUGGAUUUGGAAAAGGAACAGCUUGAUCGGGCGGGAGCGCGCGAGGCCCGAGCCCGUCGCCGCUCGCGCAGCCGGGGGCAUGAGAACCAUGCCGACACUUUUACUGACAGCUUCAUUGCUGGUGCUGCGUCGGGCGGGUUCGCUAGUAUUGUUACUAUGCCUUUUGACGUGGGCAAGACUCGUACCCAGGUCUUUCGCGAUGCCAACUCCACCACCACCACCUCAACCACUUCAACAACAUCAUCAUCACCAGCAUCAACCCUAAAAUCAACAGCCCCCGAAGAAGGCAACAUGGCCCGUCUACUCUGGCACAUCUUCCGCACCGAGGGCCUGUCGGGGCUGUUUAGGGGUUGUGUGCCGCGCACGUUGCGGGUGGCGCCGGCGUGUGCGAUCAUGAUUAGCAGUUACGAGGUGGGGAAGCGCGUGUUUCGCGGGGUGAAUGAGAGGGCGUUGGUGGAGAGGGAGAGAGUUGAGAUGGAGAAGGGGGUGUAG